AUGAACGUGGAUGAUGAAUGCAAGCUCAAGUUCUUGGAGCUGAAAGGAAAGAGGACUUACAGGUUCAUCGUGUUCAAGAUUGAUGAGAAGGCUCAGCAAGUUGAGAUAGAAAAGCUUGGGAAUCCAGAAGAAACUUACGAUGAUUUUACCAACUCUAUGCCCGAGAACGAAUGCCGUUACGCAGUCUAUGAUUUUGAUUUCACCACUGAGGAUAAUUGUCAGAAGAGCAAGAUCUUUUUCAUCGCGUGGUCGCCUGAUACAUCAAGAGUGAGGAGUAAGAUGUUGUAUGCAAGCUCAAAGGACAGAUUCAAGAGAGAAAUGGAUGGGAUUCAAGUUGAGUUGCAAGCAACUGAUCCUAGCGAGAUGAGCCUCGACAUCAUCAAAGAUCGAGCUCUCUGA